GAAACCAUCAUUGAUCAUUCUAGCACGUACUCGGUCUUUCAGGGUGAACUUCAUCUUAUUGUCGACCAAGUGCUAGAGUCAGUCACGUCAACUUUCUCAUCUCUUCCUAUAUCUCCCUCCAACACCCUCCUUUACCCCCAACAAAAAGAUUCCGGCAACGAUACAAAGCUUGCUCGGGUUCAAAGCAAAAAUAAAUCUCAAAUUUUCUUUUCCACACUGCCAGAUUCUAAAGCUCCAGACAUCAUAUUCUAGUAUCGAGGAAUAAGAAGAUAUAAAACGCGUCGAAAUCGCGGCGAGAGGAAUCUAUUAAGCCCACCAUCAGGACCGAAUCAUCAAACUGGCCCACUUGCGCUCAACGUCAUACUAUUUGUGGGUGGCGCAUCGAUUGGAUUAGUUGGCGGGAAGUAGUUUGUAUAAUAUUGAGCAGGAGACGAGAAUGGACGACAAUAACCGUCGACGAAGGCAAAAUGAGCCACCGUAUCCUCCUCAGGAUCCCAGAUAUACACCAGACCAGAGUCAAGGCCGUGGAAUCCCAAAUUCCAUACCGGAUAGGUAUCGUCCCGGAGGGACGGGGUCGCCAUCAAUGAACCGUGGAGUUGGACAAGCUUCAGCAUAUUCCUAUGGUGGCUACGAGCCAACCUCGAAUUUUUCGACAGGAAUCCCUCCAAAUCCCAUGCAAUACCCUUCCAAUUACCAUUCCGACCAAAGACAGCAGCAAGGCUUCUCGGAUUACAAUCCUGGGUUGAUGUACCCCAAUAAUGUCACACAACAAACUCCACAAAAUAAUAUUUAUGAUGGUUCGCAAUUUCAGGGACGGCAACCUGCAUCAAUGCAAAUGAUACCCGACGUGGCUGCCCCUUUCAUCCAAAAUGACCCAACAAGUACACCGGCGACCCAAAACUAUGCUUCCUCGAACUCGUCUACUCCUUAUCAACAACACCAGCAAAGCCCAGGAGAUCGCACUACGUUGAUCCAACAAUCAUAUUCUGGAUCCGUAGGACUAGGCGCAAUGGCUCAAGCACCUGGAACGGCCGAUAGUAUGGACGCCGGAAACCUGCAGCCCCAAAAUCCACAUGUGAUGGAAGAAGCUUAUUCGACCUACCAGACUGCUCUCAAGCAGAUCUUCAAAAACAUUAUUGAUCUUCGUCUUGCAGAAGCAGGCUCGUCUCUACUUGAAGUUUCUGAGUGGCUACUAGGACACGUAACAGAGCUAGGCCUCACUGUAGACGAAGCUGCGCUUCAUGCCGAUCGCAUUCAACUAUGGAACGAAUUUAACGCGGCAUGGUUAAGCAUUUUCACCAGACAGCACGACUUUCUUGAAUCCGGUCAGCGAAAACAGGACCAGCAAACUCUCAUGUCCUUGGAUUUUAUUAACAAAAUGGGAACCAACUUAACGCGACUAUGCGAUUCAGUCGAGAAAUACGGUUUGGUGGAUUAUCAAUAUGGAGUCGGAGAGUCGCAAAUUAUGGAUAUUCUUUUGAGCUGCCAAAAACUCCAAGAAGACCUUGAAGUAUCCGGAGCCUCUAGCGGAGGCGCAUCCUCAUCGAUUGCAAACUCCAACGUCGGUCGUGCGCCACCAUGAUAUUACUAUAUCUUGUUCUACCACAUUUCACUUCUGUUCUCUCCUAUUAGGAAAAGUUUUGUUUUCAUAUACCACUGUAGAGCAUAAACUUGCAUUUUUUCUUUUCCUUCUCGGCGUUUUUUUCUUUUACAAAUUCUUCGCCCUGGUUCA